AUGGCGAUGGAAGCUGUAGAGGGCGAGCACAUGUUGGUGGGCAUGGUGGACUGGCACAUGUUGGUGGGCAUGCUGGACUCGCACAUGUUGGGCAUCCUGGACUCGCACAUGUUGGUGGGCAUCCUGGACUCACAAAUGCUGGUGGGCAUGCUGGACUCAAAAAUGCUUGUGGGCAUGCUGGACUCAAAAAUGUUGGUGGGCUUGCUGGACGCGCGUGCAGAUGUGCAGGUGGGGUGCAGAGAACUGAGGGCCAAACGUUUCAUCUCGGAUGGCUUCUGCACGUCCAUCAAGCCCAUCCGCGAGGUGGUGUGUGCCGGUAACUGCCUGCCCAUCCGGGACUUGCCGUGGUACGCCGAGUUCGUCAAGGUGUGGGCCAAGUCCAAAGUGCGUGAAUGGCAGUGCGAGGAGGACAUGGUGCAGCGCCAGUGGGUUCACCUGCUGUGCCGCAACGGCCAGUACCGCAAAUACCGCAUCAAGGUGGUCAAGUCGUGCAAGUGCAAAAAGACUCACCCCAGUCACAACAGGACGGACCGGCCGGGCGGCAAGAAAGGUCAGGGCAAGGGUCAACGGAAGACAAAGAACAAGAACGAACGGCGCGAGAGGCGACGACAGGCUGAGGACAGCGCCACGAACAAGGACGACGAAGAGGAGGAGACACCCGUGGAGCAGAGAGGAAGAAGAAAGGGGAAAGAAUCACAGCAGGGGCCUCGGACUGUGGCCGGCGACGGGAGGGUGACGAACGCUGAGGGCGCGGAAGCGUCCAGGGGUCAGGACCAACCCUCGGGGGCUUCCCGAGGUCGCAGGCAAAACCCCGAUGAUGCAGCGUUUCAUUCCUGGCGUUGAGCAGCUCCAACUGCAGCAGCAGAGCUUUGCAAAAGUCCGGCUGCACUGGACGCCUUUGUCCUGGCUGCAAGGGAAAGGGGUAAAGGCCAAGUGUGAAGGAAGUGGACUUAAUGGACGCAGGGCAUGCGCAUUGCUGUGCCAACGCCUAUCGGGUUCUGUGGACUCAUCGUGGGGUUGUUUCCCUUUGCAGCUCACGCCUUUUCAUCUGUGGAGAUGUCUAGGAAGUUCUUCAGUUGUCUGACCUGUGGAAUGAGCUUAUUCUGCAAGACGUACGUUGACCAGUGAAGAAUUGGUCUGGCAUCUUUUGAUGUGAAACAAGGACCGAUGAAUGCAGAAAAACCCGAAAGGGAAGAGUGCUGGGUAGGAUGAGACGAACUUUCACACUACCAAACCAGAUGAAAGAAAAGAAACACUGUCAGCUGUGUGUUUUAGGGGUGUGGAAGAAUAUCCGUGUGGGCUAGGCAGGGUUUCUGCUGAAAGAGUAUACAGUAACAGUAUACAGUAUACAGGUAACGAGUGAAGGUGUAGCGAGGGUUGUUCAUCGGUGCUUUCCAGAGCUUUGUUGCGUGGAGCACAGUACUGUUACAAGGGUUGGGAUGUUGGGCAGUAUCCUUUGCUGUGAAUAUUCGGCAUAUAUGUAAGUUCUGCUGUGUUGUGUCCAAUAUGCACUUUCUUCUGUAAAAGCUAGAACGUGUAGAAAGUGGGUGAGCGAGACAAAGAUGAGAACAAACAACAAUCUUUCAUCUAGCUGUAUUCCAUCUAGCUGUAAUAUUUCUGCACAUUCCUGUUUGUGUUUAUUUUUGAAGUUUACCAUACCAUAUGAAAUGCGAUAAUCAACAUCAGGACUUCAAACGUUGAAGAAAGACGAGGUAGAAAAGAAAAGCACCUACGAUGAGGAGCAUUCACUCUCUCCAUUAACAUCGAUCAUUCUCGAAGAUAAGCGAUUCUGCACAGGAAGUCCUUGGAGUAUGCGCAAGAUUUGAAGACGCUUUACCUCCUCGUCUGAUAUAACCUCCAUUCGAGAUUUUCAUCAUGUUCUCCUGCAGUUACAAAAUGGCCAUCAGUGCAACAUUUGUGAACAUUGCAGACUUAGGACAACAUUUUCAGAGGCGCCAUCGGGCUACAAGUAAAACUUUCUCUUCAAGACUGUGACGGAGGAAAUGCGAGUUCAUCUGAAACAGUUGGACUUGGUCUCAACUACAAAACAGACUUUUUCUCCUGAUGCCAAGUGUGAGCGCCCUGUACUUGGAUGUGUAGAUAAGUGCGGAAAUCUGAUACCGCAGACUGGAAAACGAAUCGGAAGUUGUUUCCCCGUAUUGCAAGGCAUUCUUCAAGGUAGUCGUUUGAAAGAAAAGCAUUAUGCAUUUAGUACCUGUGCCACUAAAUCUGACAAGCAUUAGUAAAGGCAGACUUACAUCUUUGAUGUUAAAAUAUACACUACCCAAUAGAAGCUGUACAUUUUGCACGUUUUGCUUUCGCUUACCAAGUGAUUUAGAACACGAACAAAGAAACUAAAUGGCAUUGAAGGAAAUGGUAGGUCAGCUGUACGAAGCCAAGCCAAAACUACUUCGUCGCGCAUGGGGUUUUUGAUUACGGGUUUGUGUAGCGAGAACGAGAGGUCGCGAGAGAGCACGAGAGGUCGCGAGAAUGACGUCUACGUCUAAGUAGGUCAGGCCAUAUGUAGGUCACACAAUGGAUACGAAAAGCGGAGAGCAAAAAUGCUGACGAGGUGGUCAGUGAACUGUUGACUGGAGAAUGAUUGUCCAUUUAUCGAUGUUUCCCGAAGCUUCAGAACCUGGCAGUGUGGUUUGAAUCAAUCAUCAGAGAAACAAAUCCCACGGAAACGUCUUUCGUUGCUGUUGAAGCAGGUACCGCACAGUCACCUCCCUUGAACCCAUGGUCGUCUACCAGAGAGCGUCAGGCCAUCCCCAUCCAUGUUCAAUAGAGAUCACUGGAGGAAGUCGAUUUCGAGUGAUGAUUUCUGUAAAACUUCUUGCCGAUGUCGGUCAGAUAGUCGUGAAAAGACACCCUCGGUCUUGCGGGUAGAAGAAUUGACGUCUGAAGCUGGGAAAGACUGGCGCAGACUAGGCAAGACUAAAGCUGAAUCCUGCGAAAGUGCUGCUAGGUAUGGUUGACACUUUCGGUGGACAGCUUCCAUUUCUGUUCGUCAAGACCUAAACAUGAAGCGAGUGAGGACGUCUUUGCACCCCGGGGUUUCGCUAAAAGGUUUCGACUGCCAGCCUCGAUCGAAAAGCGCCGUCUAACCGAUACCUCCUUAUUGUACACAGGAUGCUUUAAGCGGAAGAGAAGACAAACAGGGGUAAGAAUGCAAGUCUUAGUUUUACUCCCGAGGAGUGCACAAGACAUUUGAAAUUACUUCUCGACAAAGCUUCGACGUGCUUAGUCUUCUCAAGUACGCAAACCUAGGAUCGUCCUACGUAGCUUUUGUCCCUUUCUCUCACAAGACCACACACCACUGCCGUCAUACGAAGCGAAGGAGGAAAACAGAAGAGAGAAAAAAAAAAGUUGUAAUGCCUAUCGACCACAGGUUGUUUACCUGAAAUAAGAGGCCUUGCUGUAAGGACUCUGUUCUGCAAGCCCCCUUUUCUUCGACAAGCAUUUCGACACCUGUUCCCCUUGGCCCCCUUCCCCAGCCCCUCGUGUUACCUCAGCGGAUGGAAACCGCUGGAGAGUGAGAGUGCAGACAUGUAAGAUGCUGUUCUCCAAUCAAGUGUACUUCGCAGCUUUUGCCGAGCUACUGUACAUUAGCUUUACACGGCGUGGCUGUACUGUAAACAACUGUUGUCACAUACUCGUCUCCUGCUACGCACUGUACGUAGCUGUCACGAGCGCCGUGGGAGGACUCCCGCGUGACCCCAGUCACGUGCUUUGAGCAGUGCAAGUGCCCGCUGUUGCUGCUGUUAAAAAAAAUGAUGUGCCAGUAAAUGCCUGUAUACGCACGAUGUUGUCUUUCCUUACUAGGCUUUUCUGUCCUCAUCCCCAUUUUAUUUUGCGCCAACAUCAUCGUCUUGCACUUCGUUCAUUCAUUCAUUCCUACAUUCUUGCUUUUAGAGGAUCUUGUACCUUUCUUCCUGCUGGGAAGUUUUGUUCCAAUGCCAGUAAGAGCGCCCCACCUUCAUUCAAUGAGCUAUUGUCUCGGCUGUGCUCCUCCCGUAAAUGCAACGACUGUAAUGGGACUGUAAUACGAUCCUGUCAUUACACGGAGUGCCCAGAGUACAAAACUGUGCCAACGAACUGUCGUAGUAGCUCUGCUGCAAAAAUCCUGGUGUGGACCUCUCACAGACUGUGCACUUCAAUGGGUUGGGCAUUGUGCUAGAUCUCUGAGAAAGCACCAUAAUUAGUUCCUACACUUGCAGUUGUGUGGCAUGAAACAAGGGGAACGUUUCAGACGAUGUAAAUGUGUCCUGUAACAUAAAAGGAAUAGAAAACUACUUGUAGACGUCGACAUAGUACGUAUUCUGCCAUUGUGAUCUUCAGUGUUGUGGCCUCAUCCUUUGAUUUUGUUGUUGCUUAUGCAUGCAUAGGUUCGUUUACUUGCAGGACCAGAAGGAAGCUACAUGAAAUUGUUCCACAAUAAACAUUCCUACUAAACAUAUCGCAAAAAGACUCUUUGGCAAAUUUUACCCCCACGAAACCAUUCCUCGUUGUGAUUCGCCUUUUCUGAUGGACCAUCAGCAGUUUGAAAGUUCUUCACCCAAACAAGUAUGUUUAUUCUACGCCAAGGGGUGUGCAUUUCCAAUAUUUGUUUUUCCUCAAGAUGUAUGUAGUUUAUAACCCCAAUCAUACCCUGCUGCAUGCGUUUGUUCUGUAAAAUAGAUUGGUAUGCCUCGGCCACAACCCUCGCUGCAGUGACUAUAUAGAUUGUGAAUAUCUGUUGUCGUGUCUGUUCCGCGCAUAGUAGUGGCUUUACCUGUGUGUUCUCAUUGUGCUCUAUACAUCGGCGACAUAUCCACAACGAGUUAAUACCAAUAAUAGCAAUGAUAAAGAUAAUACAACUGUACUGUUAGCAUACGUCUAAGCUUUACAUGUUCAUCAUCUGUUAACAUUCACCUUCCCUCCAACCCAACUCUAAGCCAUCCCACCCCCAUCCAAACAAAUUAAUAUUAAUAAUGUUCUGAUAACAUUUCUCUUGCGAAAAUAAAUAGACCAUUCAAGGUCGCUCAUACAGUCA